AUGCACAAUUAUUUUCGAUUACCAAUAUUACUUUAUUCGGCAAACUACUGCGUGAAAAGUUUGUGCAAGCCAAGUUUAUAUUUUUGGAAAAAUAAAGUAGCUAGAAUGGGAUUGUUAUCGGAAGGUAGCCCUCUAUCAUGGGAAGAAACUAAGGCGCUAGCGGAACAUGUGCGUCAACACGGGAUUGAGCAGUUUAUAAAUCUUUACAGUAAACUGCGGGAUCGCACGGGAGAUGUCCUUAAGUGGGGUGAUGAGGUGGAAUACAUAAUUGUGAAAUUUGAUGAUGAAAAUCAACGAGCGACUGUGAGUCUUAGAGCUGAUGAAAUUCUACCAAAACUACAAGAGCAAGAGCAAGCUAAUCCUCAAAGUGUGAAGUCGUUGUGGCGUCCAGAAUACGGUGCCUAUAUGGUGGAAGGCACUCCGGGUAAGCCUUAUGGUGGACUCUUGGCUCAUUUCAACAUCGUGGAAGCUAAUAUGCAAUAUCGACGCACUGAGGCUAGUGCCUUCCUCAAAGACGGCGAAGUUAUUAUGAGCAUCACCAAUUUUCCCAGGUUGGGAUGUCCAGAAUUCACUAGCCCAGUACAUCAUCCGACACCAAAGAGUGGUGUCACAAGAUCUCUCUACUUCCCCGACGAAGCUAUAUUUCCGGGACAUCCACGUUUUAAGACCCUCACCGAUAAUAUACGUAUGAGGCGAGGUGAAAAAGUAGCUAUAAACAUACCAGUAUUUAGAGACACUAAUACGAAGAUACCAGUGGACGAUUCCUACAAGUUCGAUUCGGCAGCUCAGCCAGAUUGCGUAUAUAUGGACGCCAUGGGUUUUGGCAUGGGUUGCUGUUGUUUGCAGCUCACUUUUCAGGCGUGCUGCAUCGUGGAAGCACGCACACUUUACGAUCAACUUGCGCCUCUUUGCCCCAUCAUGCUUGCGUUGUCAGCGGCGUCGCCUGUGUACAGAGGUUUUCUAACUGAGGUCGACUGUCGAUGGAACGUGAUCUCCGCCUCUGUGGACUGUCGCACCCGCGAGGAACGCGGCCUGGAACCACUCAAGAAUAACAAGUUCCGCAUACACAAGUCCCGAUAUGACUCCAUCGAUUCCUACCUAUCACCGGAACAUGAGAAAUAUAACGACAUCCCAAUAGUGCAUGAUGCUGCCAUCUACCGGCGGCUGCGCGAAGGCGGUAUUGAUCAUCCGCUGGCACUACACGUGGCGCAUCUCUUCAUACGCGACACCGUCUCGCUUUUCUCGGAGAAAGUCCACCAGGAUGAUAAAAAUGACACAGAUCACUUUGAGAAUAUACAAUCAACGAACUGGCAGACUAUGCGAUUCAAGCCCCCACCGCCUAAUUCGCCUAUCGGUUGGCGAGUAGAGUUCCGCCCGUGUGAAGCUCAGCUCACAGACUUCGAGAACGCUGCAUACGUUUGCUUCGUGGUGCUAUUAACGCGCGUCAUACUGUCAUACAACCUGAACUUCGUUAUGCCUAUCAGCAAGGUGGACGAGAAUAUGCAACGUGCACAGAGGCGUGGCGCAUGUUUGAACCAGAAGUUCUGGUGGCGGCGAGACGUCGGCGCACCAAGAGAUGUCGCUCCGCAAGCCACUGACAACACCGACCAAUACGAGGAGAUGACCAUCAACGAGAUAGUCAACGGAAAAGACACUACAUUCCCUGGUCUAGUGCCAUUGAUAGAGUCCUACUUAUCCGGUAUGGACGUGGACGCUGAUACGCACUGCUCAGUGCAGCAGUACCUGAAACUGAUACAGAAGCGCGCCUCAGGAGAAAUCGUCACUAUGGCUUCCUGGAUGCGAAACUUUGUGACCACUCAUCCGGAAUACAAAAAAGAUUCCGUCGUCACCGAAAAAAUAAACUACGAUCUUCUAAAGACUGCACACGGAAUCCAGACUGGUGCUGUGGCGGCGCCAACGUUACUUGGAGGAAGCAAUGUCUCCAAAACCAACGAAGAUAUACCCAAGGCUUUCACAAAAAUGCUCAGUAAGGAGUGUCCGUAA